GACUUUUUAGAUGGGAUCCUAAGCACGACAAAGCUAUUAAGAAGAUAUGAAAAAACAAAUGUGCAACCUAUCUUGAGUGACAUUCGUAGAGGUAAAUCGGCUGGAGCAUGGUUACCUGGAAAUGUGCUAAAGGCACUUAAGGAGACCUGGGCAUCAGAUCCGAGUUUCCUGCACAUGUCCGAACAGAACAAGAANAUCAGAUCCGAGUUUCCUGCACAUAACAAGAAAAAUAUAGCUGUUAAUAAAGAUGGUUAUUUGAAUCGAGGGGGUGCCAUUUCUACAUCUGAGCGAAGACGACGUUAUGGAAAAGAAUUGGGACGAAGUGUGAGCAUUCCUGAAGUUUUUCUC